GUGCAAGAAAACGACGGAAGCCGUCGAGCUUUUCCAGAACUUCCAUCACAUCUCAAGCGAAACGGCGGUAGUGGAUUCGAAGAUGUGGGACAAACUGUCCGACGAGGUCAAGAUGAAAGAUGAGAAGGAAGCAAAGAAGAGGGAAGACCGGCGGAAAGAUCAGAAGAAUCGCGAGCAGGAGAAGCUGCAGCGAAAGGAGCAUCGGAACCUCGAAAGCUCCAACAUGUACAAGAACAUGAUGGAUGCCUGCCAGAUCAACCUCGGCAGCGUGUCCGCCCCACCGGACGCGGAGAGCCCAGCGAAGAGUAGCAAGAGCAAGAAGGAGGCUGAGCAGGAGAAACGUUUGGCAGAGGCCAAGAAGCACGUCAAGGAGCUGGAGUCCCAGGUGGUGAUCAAGAGCCCUGAAGAGCUCAAGGCUUCCGCCAAAGACUUCAGGGACCAGAAUGCUUGCACGCUCUACGACGAGACAACGAAAAAGUACAAGUACAGGUCUUGCUGUGGAACGAAGGUCUCCGACCUGGGUGUCUACGGGGUCGGAGUGGCGCUUUACUUCCAGUUCAUUCGGCAGAUGGGCGUUGUUUUCCUUCUGUGUGCCAUUGUCUUGGGCCCAAAUCUGGCCUUCAACAUAAUGGGUAACAUGGUGAACGAGAACAGUGCCCUCUACAAAUACCUGGGAAUGACCACGAUCGGAAACCUGGGUGCCUGCGAGGGCGCCCUUUGCGAGACGGAUGAGGACUUGCGCAACCGCUGCCUCAUCGACGAGUUUCCUUGCGAGACGACGCUGAAGGAAGUUUCGCAGUGGCUCGGCAUGGCUGAUGGUAUCGGUAUCCUGUUGGUCCUCGCCUGGGGCAUCUCUUUUCAAGCAUGCCACAUCCCUCGCAUGGUUAGGUUGAAUGACGAUGCCAAUCUGACCCCGUCCGACUUUGCAAUUGACAUCACUGUCCUGCCCUACCAGCUGAAAGACGGCCACAAGCAGUACCAGGAGAAGCUGAAGAACCACUUCCUGGGUGUUCUGAAGCGCUUGGGUUUCGACGAUGGCGACGGCGUCGUCGAGGUGUGCCUUGUGCGAGACUACGCGGGUGCCAUCAGCACAUUCCUGGCCAAGGGCGACCUAAUCCUCGCCGAGCAUGGAGAUGUGAUCCGGAUGAAGGCUCUGGAAGGCAAGGAUGACGCCGCAAGCAAGGCCAAGUACCAGAAGCUGGAGAAGGCGACGCACAAGAAAUAUGACAAAAUGAUGAAAAUGGAUAACAGCAUCCGAUCUCAAGCAGACAAGAGUGACGAUGAUCGUGGUGUGGUGCGUGCCUUCGUGAUCUUCGCUAAGGAGACCUACAAGAACGCCGUGCUUGAUGAGUAUCGCUUCUCUCAGUACAGCUUGUUCCGCUGCUGCCAAGGCGAGCCUCGGAGGUUCGAAGGUAACACGCUGAAGGUCCAAAACGCCUGCGAGCCCAGUGACCUGUACUGGGAGAACCUGGACUUUGCCUGGUGGAAGCGAGGUUGCCGGAUUUGCUUCGUGGUGUUGCUCACCUUGGUCUUCUUGGUCAUUUGUGCCGCAUCACUUGUGUACUUCCAGUCGCUCUCCAAAACAACCCUUGCAAGCCUCAACGAGAACGUCGCUUGGGUGAUCAAGGGGAACGGCACUGAGUGCCUGAAUUUCUGUGAUGUGGAGCUUUUUUCGGACAGGCUCUGCUCCGCAAACGGGGACACGUCCAAGACUUGGGACACCGUCAAGGUCUUCGACCAGUUCACCGACUAUGACGACGGCUAUGCCUGGAGUGGGACUUGCACGAACCCCUGGACAUCCAGCUGCACUUCAGCAACUCGCCUCGCGGAGGUCUCCGGCUGUGACGGGGACUCUGGCUCGAUCAACUGGAUUGGCUUCGAGUUCGCAGACACGCAGCAGGUGCAGUGCUGGCAGGCCACCAUGAUAGCACAGGCCAGGGAGGUGCAGGUGUUUGGGUGUCCUGUGGCUCCCCCACCGGUGGCUGAGCGUGGCUGCUGGAAGGUCGAGGAGAACUGUGCUCCGAUGUACCCCAACACCCUCACACCAGUCGUUGGAACCUGGACCGCCCGUGACAACAAGAUCUCAGCGGAUAUGUCCUGCUCUCUUGAUAUCGAGCUGCAUGUCGCGCAAGAGAGAUGGGCCAGCUUCGACGAGGGUUCCACAGAGCGUGUGUCGAACCCCAUCAUCAAUUGCUUCUGCCAGCAGCAGGUCCUCAACGUCGGGCCGGAAUUCUUGUUUCCCCCCUACGACACCGAGGAGAAGCUGGUGUGUCAAGAUUGGCUCGUCGACAACAGCCUCAAGAUUGCGAAGGUAAUCGGGGCCGCAGCCGCCGUCUUGGUGAUCAACCAGCUCCUUCUGCUGAUCUACGAGUUCCUUGUGGCCUUUGAGAGACACUGCACAGUCACGGAGGUGGCGCAGAGUCAGUUCUGGAAGCUCUUCUUGGCCCAGAUGGUCAACACAGGCUUGUUGGUUUUGCUUGUGAACGCCUCCUUGGACCUCCCGGAAGUCCUGAUGCCUUUGCGAGUGUUGCAGAUCGGUACCGGGCAGUUUGACGAGCUAUCCGUCUCUUGGUACAUUUCCGUCGGCACCGGCAUCUGCCUCACCAUCUUCAUGCAAGUCUUCAGCACGACGGUUCCGCCCUUGAUCAUGGCCUUCGUGGUGGGCCCUUGUUUGCAGUGCAUUUUCGGCAGGGGCGAGGUGGUGGAGGCACGUUUGCAAAGGAUCUAUCAGCUUCCUAAGUGGAACCUGUCUCUGCGCAUGGCACAGACUCUGACGGUGAUCUUCGUGAUUUGCAUGUAUUCUGGCGGCAUGCCAAUACUGUACUUCGUUGGCUUCGUCUACAGCAUUGUGGCCUUCUGGUUGGACAAGUGGUGUUUGCUGCAUGGCUCCUCAAAGCCACCUGCCUACAACCAGGCCAUCGUCCAUACUUGCUUGAACUUCCUUCCCCUUGCCGCUUUCUUCCACACUGUGAUUGCUGGUUGGAGCUGGGGCAAUCAGGAGCUCGUUCCCAGUGAGUGGAGCAGGCUCUUCUUUGUUGUGGAGAUAAUAUUCGGCAAGUCCAAGGAGGAUUAUGAGAACAUCAUCACCAGCUACAAUGCAGCACCGGCUCGUGACAAGCCUGCUAUGCAGUGGGACUACUACGAAGCCCGCAUGAUGGACAUGGCCAGGGAAGGCUCUUGGCUCAUCUUCUGUACUUUCGUUGCCUUCGUGGUGUACUACGUCCUCCUUUGGAGCUACAAGCUCCUCUUGAGGCCCUUCCUGUCCCCGUUUGUCUUUGCCAUUCGUGAGUGUUGUUGCUGCUGCUGCAGCCGACGCCAAACUUCAGCUGGGGACUCAAGCUGGGACACCUGUGUGCAGGAAUGCCGCAAGCACAGCACUCUAACCUCCUACCUGCUCAAGAACAACCCUUCGUACCACUCGGCAGCAGUGGCCAUUGCGCAUGGAGACCUUCGGGCACAGAGGCGUAUCUCAGAGUCUGACGCUCCAGAGGAGGCCACACUGUGA